CGGGGAUGGAUGGCGAGGUGUGCGCGGCCCCGGGGGCCCUGCGCCCGGAGAUGGGAAUGUAGCGGGCUGAGGGGGGAGCGGGGCUCGGGAGAGGAAGGCGGGGAAGGGGGGCGAUGCCCCUCGCUGAGCGCAGCCCGCCUCUGUGCUAACCCGGCAGGAUGCGGGAGGCGGCGGGGCUGGGAAGAAAGUAGCGGGGCUGGAGAGCGGGGCAUGGCCGUGCUGCCCCCCUGAAGCUCCCCGGGAGGCUGCUGAGGAGUCGGAGGAAGGAGACGGGCAGCCACGGCGGGGAAAUCCGCGGCUCCGGCUGGGAAACCAUGGGGAGAUGCAACGGGAGGUGCACGCUGGUUGGAUUCUGCUGCCUGCAGCUGAGCUGCCUUGGUGACUGAUUCCUGCGCUGUCCCCUCCUUUGUUCUUUCCCAGAUCGCAGCGCUGGAGCGGCAGAUCUUUGAUUUCCUGGGCUAUCAGUGGGCACCCAUCCUGGCCAAUUUUUUACACAUCAUGGCUGUCAUCCUGGGCAUCUUCGGGACCAUCCAGUACAGAUCCAAAUACCUCAUCAUGUAUGCGGUGUGGCUGGUGCUGUGGGUCGGCUGGAACGCCUUCAUCAUCUGCUUCUACCUGGAGGUCGGGCAUUUGUCACAGGACCGAGAUUUCAUCAUGACUUUCAAUACCUCCCUGCACCGCUCGUGGUGGAUGGAGAAUGGGCCUGGCUGCCUGGUGACACCGGUGCUCAACUCCCGGCUGGCGCUCGAGGACCACCACGUCAUCACAGUCAGCGGCUGCCUGCUGGACUACCAAUACAUCGAGGUGCUCAGCAGCGCCGCACAGAUCUUCCUGGCGCUCUUCGGCUUCGUCUAUGCCUGCUAUGUCAGCAAAGUGUUUCUGGAGGAAGAAGACAGCUUUGACUUCAUCGGUGGGUUUGACUCCUAUGGUUACCAGGCGCCGCAGAAGACAUCGCAUCUACAGCUACAGCCACUGUACACGUCUGGGUAACUUCGUGCCCUCAAUCUGCCCUGGCUUGUGUGGGACUGGACCCCUCGGAGCCCCAUGUCCCCAACUUGAUGCCAUUACCACCUCUGGGGGACAGGAACAGCGCCAAGCCGCCUCCCUCCAUUCUCCUCUCGCACCCUAGAAAUGAAGCUGAGUUGGGCAUGGUCACGUCCAAGGGCUCCAUCAUCUGGUUGGCUCCCAGUGCAAGACUACCAUGGACAGGACAUAUCCAGUUCACCUACAAAAGACCCAAGGAAACCCUCAGUGCUGUGCUCAAGCCCCAGGAUGGGGCAGCACAGUGGGGAUGCAGCGAAGACAUGGGGACGCAGCAGGACGUGGGGAUGUGAUGGGGCUGUGGGCUUGGUCGCUAGACACUUUUCUUCUGUUUCUCAGACCUGGUUUUUAACUUAAAUAGCUUGUCCUCUUCCCAUGAGCUGGACAUAAUGAAGCACGGAGCGGAUUUGGGACAAAACCCAGCCUGUUUGGAGCAGCUCAGACCUGCGGGGUAUAACUGCAGCUUGGUGGGGUUGGCACACCCGUGGCAUCACUGGAGAACAUCCUAAAGUGCCAGAUUUGGAGUCGGGAUGGCACAGAGAAGGGGGUUUGUUCCUAAAUAGCCCCCACUGUCUUACCAGGGGACCAGAGCUGGGCUGCUCAUGGUCCCCAGACCCCAGGACCAGCACCCCACAGCCUACCUGCAUUUUGGGAUUCCAUCCCCACUUGUGGAACUCUUGAAUUUGGCAAUACUGAUGCUGCUCUCAAACACAGCCCUUUCAGGCUGUUUUAAUGAAUAUAAUGAAUGUUUUAGGUUUGUAUUUUAUUUUAUUUUAUUCUAUUUUAAUUUGAAGUGCCUGAGUACACUUUUGUUGAUCAUCACCCUCACCCCUCACACCUUCUUCUUCCUCCUCCCGAGGCCGCAUUGUGCCUUCAGCGAAGGCUGGCAGUGCCCACUGCCUCCCUUGGGUGGUCAGGCUUCUGGGGGUAAACCCAUCCUUUCUGGCACUGCCCCAAAUGGGGACAUUCAUUUUGGCAGCAAAAAAAACCCACAACCCACAUGGUGAGUGAUGAUUUGGGAAUGGUUUUGGUGGGAGGUGAGGUGUGAGCUCCUGGGGUGUGGUUGCACAAGCAAUAUCUGUUGAAAACGAAGAGCUGGGAAUAUGAAGUGUUGGAACAACCUGCAAGCAAACUUCACUUCAGGAAGACAUUUUGGGCCUCUGAUGUGGUUCAUUCUCCUUUUUCCCAGCCUGCAGCAUGGAGGUGAGUUGGGGUCAGUCCCAGACCCCCCAUGGUUUGUCCCCAGAUGUCCCUGUUCCCUGGAACACAAAAGGGGGCUGCUCCAGCUCUGCCUCCCCAGGGUUACUCCUCCAGGAUGGGCUCUUCCAGCAUCCCAGAGCACAUUUUCCCUUCCCACCAAGUGCCAAAGGGAGGAACCCAAAGGGAAACGCCGCCCAAUCCCGCAUCCUCAUGUGGGCUACGUCCCCCCCACCAUCACCACCACCAACACCACCACCUCACCCCAGCCUGAGCAGGAGCUUUGCAGGCAAUAAUUCUGAGCCCUUUUCCCCCCAUCUCUGAGAAAUAAAGUGAUUUCAAAGACAACAGAGCCCACCUCCACAUCAACCCCAUCCAGACGUCCCCAGAACCACAUCCCAGCACUGGUGACCCCGGGGGACAGCAGAGGGCACAGUCCCACUGUCACCAGUGCUCCAUGAUCUCUUUUUUCUGUUGGCUUGUUGUUUGUUUGUUUGUUUUUAUAAGACAGUCUUUGUAACGUGAACCGCGGAUUUCUUUUUCUAUUCUGUAAUGAUAAAAGUGGAAGGAGUUUUCACCCAA